UGUUAACCACAGUAACUCAAAUACAACUGGUUUUUUGACCCAAAAAUGUCUAAGUACUUAUCAUUAGUAUUGUGUUUGAUAAUUGCACAUUGUUCAGCCAGCUUGAAUGAAACAUGUGUAGAUGAUAUUGGUUUUGUUCUGCAAUUUAACAUUUACCGAGAAAGCUGUCCAGAAGCAGAAGCUAUUAUUUUCUCAUGGGUUGAAACUGCAAUCUCUCAAGACCCAAGAAUGGCGGCUUCUUUGCUUCGUCUUCACUUCCACGACUGCUUUGUUAAUGGAUGUGACGCUUCAGUGUUGCUAGAUGAUAGCGAGAAUUUCGUGGGUGAGAAAACUGCAGCUCCCAACUUGAAUUCGUUGAGAGGAUUCGAAGUGAUAGACUCUAUUAAAUCAGAAUUGGAAUCUGUGUGUCCUCAAACUGUGUCUUGUGCUGAUAUCCUGGCAAUUGUUGCAAGAGAUUCUGUUGUACUGCAGUCAGGUGGACCAAGUUGGGAAGUCCAGAUGGGUAGAAAGGACAGCUUAAGUGCUAGCAAAUUUGCAGCCACAAAUGCUUUACCAGCUCCAAAUUCUACAGUUGCAACACUAGUGGCUAAUUUCCAAAAUGUUGGCCUCACACUAAAUGAUGUGGUUGCGCUCUCUGGUGCUCACACUUUAGGUAAAGCAAGAUGCUCGACUUUCAGCUCUCGGCUACAAGGUGGCACUGGCAAUUCCGAUGUUAACCUGGAUUUCAUUCAGUCGCUCCAGCAGCUUUGUGACAGCUCCUCGACACUAGCACACCUCGACUUGGUUACACCGGCGACAUUCGACAACCAGUACUUCCUUAAUCUACUUUCAGGAGAGGGAUUGCUUCCUUCUGACCAGACUCUGGUGACUGACGAUGAUCAAUCGCGCCAGAUUGUUGAAUCCUACGCACAGGAUCCAUUGCUCUUCUUUGACGAUUUCAGGAAUUCUAUGUUGAAAAUGGGAAGCUUAGGGCCACUGACUGGUAAUGGUGGGGAGAUACGCAGAAACUGUAGGCUAGUUAAUUGAAAUUCAGAGCUAAAGCAACAGAUGCUAAUAUACUCGUAUUACUGUAUGCUUUGUUCCAGUAAAAUCCGUAUUAUUUAUUAUC